UUGAGUCGCAUUAGAGGUAUUGUAAACACUCGCGGACAGCCAGUGUUAACGCAUUGUCCGGCGUCUUGGCCCCAGUAACAGUAUCCCGUCCAGAGAUUUACGAGAGGAGUCCGUCUGUUGACGAAGCUUUCUCGUAAGAUCGGCGACAAUGGCGCAGCAUUAUUAUGAGAGAUUGAGCCACCGCACGCUCAAGCCAAAAUACUACACCCCGACAAACAACUACCUGUCAGGCGAUGGGAAGAGUGAGGUAUACAUGGGCGCCGCCUGGUACGUGCCCUCAGAACGCGCCUUCGAGAGCUACCACAAACACGGCCAUCUCCCACCGCAGAGACGUGUAGACGCCAAGGAGUACGACAAUGAAGAUGAUUGGAGGAAAUUCCAGUAUCUGCGGGAUAGACCUCCAGCAUAUAACAGACACAGAGUGAUGAAGAUGACCAACAAGCCAGAGCUCAGUCUCCAUGGUUACUGCACAAACCCAUUUAACCUUCAUCGUACAGGUGUGCGUGCAAGAACGCUCUAUGAUCCCAAACCCGACGGUGUUAGCAAUCCAAUAUGGCGCGGUCCACAUGGUUACUAUGGUUACUACCACGAGAGAUUGGAUGCUAGGGACACUGGUGGCUUCCGAGUCACGAGACAAAUGUAUAACGACGAGGAUUGGUUAAAAUGGGAGCAGCUCCGCACUGUUGAUGAUCCCAGUAAUCUGCUGGGUGUUAGACCCCAGCAUGCCCUGCCGCCACUGAACGUAUAA